UAUUUUGAAAUAGCACGCACGGGAAAUCGGAAGGGAAAAUCAGCUGGAAUCCACGGAAAUCCUCGACAGGGCUACAUUUCUUUGCGUAGCUAGCGAUUUAUCUGUCAGCCCGUGUUUUUUUCCGCUGCCAUCGGGUUUGCUGAUAAGACGCCACCCUGGCGAUGUCGGAGUCGUACGAUUUCCUCUUUAAAUUCCUGGUGAUUGGGAAUGCUGGGACGGGCAAAUCCUGCCUGCUGCACCAGUUCAUAGAGAAGAGAUUUAAGGAUGAAUCUAACCACACAAUCGGUGUGGAGUUUGGCUCAAAGAUCAUCAGUGUGGUCAACAAGACGGUCAAACUGCAAAUCUGGGACACAGCAGGACAAGAACGCUUCAGGUCUGUGACCAGAAGUUAUUACAGAGGCGCAGCAGGCGCUCUACUCGUCUACGAUAUCACCAGCCGAGAGACGUACAACGCUUUGACCACUUGGCUGAGUGACGCCAGGAUGCUGGCCAGCCAGAACAUCGUCAUCAUCCUCUGCGGGAACAAGAAGGACUUGGACGCCGACAGAGAAGUCACGUUCCUGGAGGCGUCGCGGUUCGCUCAGGAAAACGAGCUGAUGUUCCUGGAGACCAGCGCUCUAACCGGGGAGAACGUUGAGGAGGCGUUCGUACAGUGUGCUCGGAAAAUCCUGAACAAGAUCGAGUCGGGGGAGUUGGAUCCAGAGAGGAUGGGGUCAGGCAUCCAGUACGGCGACGCCGCCCUGCGACAGCUCCGUUCUCCUCGCCGCGCUCAGCCGCAGGGCGCUCAGGAGUGCGGCUGCUAGUGGACUGUGUGCAUCAUACCAAAUCAAGGGUUAUGAAGACCAGAAGAAGAACAGCCAUGGAGGACCUAACGGUGUUGGGUUUCGGUUGCACGGACCCUUCCAGAGUCUUUAUUUUCAUUUCUGCAUGUGCAGAGAGCUGAGAAGUCCUUCCGGCCCCCCUUCCUCUCCCCCCAACUGAGAAGGCAACCACAGAUCGGCCACCCCUCCCAGCAGUCGGCUGCCUCACCGGACCAAACCCCCCCCCCCCAGCCAAGUCAAACACUUGCAUGUGUCUCCCGUCUCUCUCCUCACAAUCGCGCUGUGUUCCCCUGGGAUCCAGCCUGGCCUCCUCCGCCUUCUUAUUCUGAACAGUCAGCUUUAAAUGAACAAGAUUUGAAUGGAUAGUUUGCUAGUAAAAUAAGGAUGGCUUUUUUUUUGAAUGCCUGAAGGCAAACAAGGUGAAUUUUGUCAUUCGAUCGUUGGCAUGGUAAGAAAAUAACUCUAAAGCUCCUGAGCUACUAUACUCGCCCUCGCUUUCAGGCACUCUUUUUUUUAAUUUUUUCCCCUCCCUGGUUUUAAACACUCCACUACAAGUGGCCCUCAUUAACACCUCCACAGCUAACCCCCACCUCCUUCAUUUCUCAUAUUAAAUCCUCCUCUGUUUUCCCUCUUUCGCUGUACAGAGUUUCUGUAUAUAGAGAUUGACGCAUGCUUCCCCCAGACGGAGUGUUUUUAUUAUCGGAGGUCCUCCAUCUGUAUUAAAGUAGAUAUCAUAUUCAUGGUUUUUACGCUCCACUGUAUAUUUAAGCUGCAUCACACUGGCUCCCUUGUGCUCCGUGUUUGGCGGACGGGUCACCAUUCUAACCAGUUUACCGGUUGUGUAACACACGUUUGUCCAGCAGCUUAUGACGACUGACAGAUCUCUCACUAAUAAUUGUUGCCUGUUUACAUGAAUACCUGACUGACUGUUGCCAGCUCCUGGCGGAUACUAACCGAUCACGUCUGCAGUUUUGAAUCUUAUCUGAGGUGCGCUAUUAUUUAUUUUCAUCUUUUAAGACCUUUUUUUUAGUCUAACGUGUGUCACUUUGCUUUAAAUAUCAUCGUCUUAUAUCGCUUUAUUAAAGCCAUAAUAAGCACUAAACGUUUUACAUCGUGCACACUUCACACUAAAGCAACUUUUUCAUAUUUAGUCUGUGAUAUCCGGUGGUGGCUUUUACUGUUUCACAUCUGCUUGUUUUUGUUGUUGUUUUGUUUUGUGUUUGUUUUUCUGUCAUCAGGUCCUUUUUUAAAUGUACAUGUAUAUCUGUUUUGCUAUCAUAAUUAUCAUAGAUUUGAAAUUUAUUAUUUAUGAUAAAUGGCAUAUGUUUUUGAAAUAAAACCAACAACAAAUACAA